CCGCUGGCCUCCGCAGGGUGCGGGGUCGGGCGCUCGCUGUGACUCUCCCCCGCGGGCUGGAGCCGCCCGCGGCCGGGCCCGCUGCCCGCCGCGAUGGAGCUCUCCUGCCAAACGCUGAGGACCGCCUACCAGGCGAGGGAGGCGGAUGAGAUGCGAACACAAGCUCGUCGAAAAAAUCUCCUCAUUCUAAUUUUGCAUUAUUUAAUGGAGGAAGGGUAUGUCGAUGCUGCAAAUGCUUUGGAACAAGAGACGAAAUUAAGUUUACGUGGCUUUGAAGUUUGUGACAACAUUGAUCUUGAGACGAUUUUGAUGGAAUAUGAAAGCUAUUACUUUGUAAAAUUUCAAAAGUAUCCUAAAAUUACCAAAAAAGUCCUGGACACUGCGGAAAAUAAACAACAGCCGAGCACUGGAGGAAGACCAAGAAGGGUAGCAAGCUCUUCUCAGCAUCUCCCAAGACUCAAACAUCAGACAGUGCAAAGACCAUUGUCAAAAACUUCACCUGGGAGUACAACAGAAUUUAAAUCAUCCAUCAAGGAGAGCCCCAAACAGAACAAUGACGGUGCAGUUACUCUGGAGCAAUCGGACUUUGGCUUAAGCAUCUCAGCAAUAGACAAAACUGGAGGAGACAGCACUCACCCAAGAAGGGUUGGCGGAAACCUAGGCCAAGUAAUUGACUUCCAUGGGAUGAUCCAGGACGCUGUCAAAGUAUCAUCAAAUGGAAUAGCCUUGAACAGCCUGAAUUGUGAUCCAGAUCCUUCAGAACGAUUAUUGAAACCCCUUAGUGCUUUUAUUGGCAUGACUGGUGAGAUGAGAGAACUUGCAACGGUUGUAAGCAAAGACAUUUAUCUCCAUAAUCCAAACGUGAAGUGGGAUGAUAUUAUUGGACUGGAUGCAGCUAAAAGGCUAGUCAAGGAAGCGGUGGUUUAUCCCAUCAGGUACCCCCAGCUGUUUACAGGCAUUCUGUCUCCUUGGAAAGGAUUAUUGCUGUAUGGACCACCAGGUACUGGAAAAACUUUGCUUGCUAAGGCUGUUGCCACAGAAUGCAAUACAACCUUUUUCAACAUAUCAGCAUCCACCAUCGUCAGCAAAUGGAGGGGGGAUUCAGAAAAACUUGUCCGGGUAUUAUUUGAGCUUGCCCGGUACCAUGCUCCUUCCACAAUUUUCUUGGAUGAGCUGGAGUCAGUUAUGAGUCAAAGAGGGACUAUUUCUGGCGGUGAACACGAAGGAAGUCGGCGGAUGAAAACAGAAUUACUGGUGCAGAUGGAUGGCUUGGCCCGAUCUGAUGAUCUUGUAUUUGUUUUAGCAGCUUCCAAUCUGCCAUGGGAGUUAGAUUCCGCCAUGCUGCGGCGGUUGGAGAAGAGGAUUUUGGUUGACCUCCCCAGUAAAGAGGCACGGCGGGUGAUGAUCCAGCACUGGCUGCCCCCUCUGAGCAACAGUGGAGGAGUGGAGCUGAGGACGGAGCUGGACUACAGCUUGCUGGGGCAGGAAACCGAGGGAUACUCCGGCUCAGACAUAAAACUCGUCUGCAAGGAAGCAGCCAUGAGACCACUGAGGAAAAUUUUCGAUGCUCUUGAAAAUCACCCGCCAGGUAACAGUAACUUCCCCGUGAUCCGAUUAGACACGAUCACAACAGCAGAUUUCCUGGAUGUGAUCGCCCACACCAAGCCAUCAGCGAAGAACCUAAGCCAGAAGUACACAGCUUGGCAGAGAGAAUUUGAGUCAGUUUAAAAAGAAAAAAAAAAAACCCUAAAAGACUGAAAAACUUCCAACUUUUACUAUCCAAAAUGGCAUCGCCUUGCCUCCAAACGAGCGAAUGGUGAAGGGGAAGGAAGUGCUCUUGUUUCCAGGGAAGAGCAGCAGUGACAAACACCCGGGGGAAAUCUUCGCUUUCAAAAUUUAAUUGGAGGGGUGUUUGGUUAUUUUUGAUUAGCCAUUUUCAACGGCCAUCCAAAAAAAAAACCAUUCUUCGUGGAAAUAACGUAAUGGCAGUUGCUGUGUAAUGAAGACUCCGGCCUUAAUUUUAUGGAUAAAGACUUAAAAGAGUGCUUGCUUCUCGGUCUUUAUUCACGCCAGUUCCUUAUGGGUUUGGGGUAGAAGAACCGGAGCAGAAAGCUCGUUAAGAACAGUCAGAUGAUUAGUGUAAUUCUCCCUUUCUGAUUCACAGCAGAGACCUGCACCCUUUUUAAUGACAUGUGACCUCUUUCGGUGACAUUCAGGACCUUAGCAGUGCCUUGUAAGGUUGUUUAGUUUGGCAUCGUUUUCAGUCGAGAUCCAAGCCUUGAUGCGCCAAACGUCUUACUUUCCAGUUGGUCUGGGAUACUUCCAGGACCAAGAACGAGAGGAACGCAGAGACGUAGCAGAAAAUCAGGAGAUUUAGGCCAGUCUAACCAGAAAGUGGAUUGGUUGUUACCCACUGCUUCGCAGCUGGCCAUAAAAUGCAAACAGCGAGUAUUUGCAGCGCAGCGGUAAAUACUGGCCAAGUUAGAGACUUUUCUGCUUAUAAACAUGGCGGGUGAGCAGUCGGGACUGCCUGCAAGUCCUUUAAUCUUUUAAUUAGAAAUUCUAAUGAGUCGUUUUUUUCAGGCUCUCAGGUCUCAUUGCUGCCCCUCUCUUGCUUGGCUUUGCAGUUCUCCCAGUGCUCUCCUUGCAUGGCCUUGUGCGCAGCUGGUUUUCUAAGCACCACGGUGUUUCGUGCUUUCCAGCGCGCUCCAGCACCUCUGAAGCACUGACAGCCUCUAUUUUUCGU